AUGAAUUGAGAAAAGACUUAAUCGAGUCAGAAUCCGAUAGCGAUGCACCUUCUCAUUCUUCUGGGUCCAAAGGUAAAUUCCUUUUUAUAUUGACAUCAGACCAGUAGCUUCUGAAAUUAAAUAUUAUCCCAGAAAAUGAAUACAGCUUAUGGGACGAUCAUCAUAAAAUGGUUCAGGAAGCUUGGAAAUCUCGAAAAAAAUCCAGAAUAGUCGAGGAACUAGAUACACCGAAUUCGAUACCACCCGAAUUUUCAGUUUAUUUGAAACAGCCUGUAGUACGACUUAAAGACUCUCCCAUCGAGGUAUGGACUGAAAUCGUUCACAAGGACUCAUCGUUACUGAAAAUGGUCAAAAAAUAUUUAUGCGUUAUGGCAACAUCUGUUCCGUGUGAACGCGUUUUUUCAGCGAGUGGAAAUAUUGCAAACUGCAAGAGAAGCUGCCUCUUGGGAGAAAAACUACAUAAGCUACUUUUCCUCAAAAGUGUAGAUAAAACAUUUUGGGGUCAUAAUUGAUUUCGAUAGUGCCCGGGUUUCGUUUCAAUAC